GAGGUUUGACAGUAACGGCUAUUUUACCUCAGCUCAACUGGUUUGUGGUAACAACACUUUUUGACGCUUUAACCAUCUGGCAGAAUGUUCCCUAAAAAGACUUAUCUGCGCUACGUUGUUGUUCAUUUCUUUGAUGAAGAUGAGGUUGAGGCUGCACCAUCAUUGUGGAUAGAGUGGUGUGAUGGGGUUUUGUACUGUUACUGGCCACACUCAAGUGCCAGCAUCAUGGCCAAAAAAUAUGCAGCACCAGAUAAAAACUUAUGGUCAAAGCAUGCUGUAAGGGUACUUUCAGAGACAGAUAGUUAUGCUAUGGCCAGAUACCGAGCACGAAAGGCACAGGACACAUCAAAUGUGGAAGAAUCUGAUGCUAAUGAAUCCAGAAAGAUCACUCUUCCACAUCGAUUCAGAGAUAAAGAUGACCAACCCGAUCUAAGAAAGAGAAGAGCUCCUCUAUGUAAGUGUAAAACAGUUUAUUAAGUACACCUGCCUGUUACUGACUUACUAAAUUACUUACUGGCCAUUUGUGUACCUUGUUGGAAUUUAUGUAUAUCUGCUGCUGCAUUUGCUAGCCGA